AUGCGCUCGACUCUCGCCUUGGCUACCCAGCUGCUCACUGCGAUGACUGCCUCUGCGGCAGCCUCCAGCGGCCAGCGAGUGCUUUACAUCCAAGACAACGACCCAACGGGCAAUUCUAUUGUAUCUAUCAAAGUCUCACAAAAUGGAAGCUUGUCUGGCGGAGUAAAAACCAGUACGGGCGGGAAUGGUUACCCUGUCUUGAUUGUUCCCUCUCAAGAUUCGGUGGUAGUUUCCGGCAAUUAUCUAUUCACAGUGAACUCUGGAAGCAACACUUUGUCGUUGUUUAACAUCAACCCUUGGGACCCUCUGCAUCCCAAGCUUAUUGGGAAGCCCGCUCCCACCCUUGGUCACGUUCCUGUCUCGGUUACCUACUCUGAGAAGCUGAAAACAGCUUGUGUAGUGAACGGGGGCCUCGAUCUCGCAGGAGUAACAUGCUUCUCUGUGGACCCCAAGAAGGGACUUCAACCCCUCGGCCCUAUGCGAACUAUUCUGCAGACCAAGGACUUUACUCCUCCACCUGCCGGGACUCCACCAACAAUUCUCACUGGAGAUAUCAGAUUUAAUCCUUCGUCGACAGGAGUGUUCACAACCGCAGCAAACGAAACGGGCGGACCCGGAGUUCUGUACGCUUAUCCUGUUGUUUCGGGCAGCGUCAGCACCACGCCUGUGGUCACCAAAUUCGACAACGUCGUGAAUCCGUUCAGUCUCAACUUUUUAAACUCGGACUCCCAACUUUUCAUGACGAACCCUCAUAACGAGUCGCCCGGUGCCGCGCUUUUGACUAUUUCUCCUUCCUUGGCUGUAACUGAGACUAAAAUCGUCACUAUUCCGCACCAAAAUGCCUCCUGCUGGGCGGCGUAUGCUCCGAUAUAUGACACCAUAUUCGUUAUGGAUGCCGCUGCAGCGGUCGUGAGCACCGUCGAUAUCUCAAAGGAAAGCGUCGUUUCCCAGUUCGACUUCCAGUCCGCAAACUUUGGCCCAACAGAUACUCUCGUAGAUCGCAACUUCCUCUAUUUCAUAACAGAGCCCUUCAACGACGACUUCAGCGCUUUCCUGGCCUCGCCCCAAGUCCUUGUGUAUGACAUAACAUCUGUCUCGAAGGGAAAGAAUCCUCAGCUCAUUCAAAGUUUUGACAUCUUCAAAGCUGUCGGGUCGUUCCCCGACAUUAUGGGCUUGGCUAUAUACGCACCACAGGAUGAGUAG